CCGGAAGCAUGGAAAAUCCAAGAUGGCCGCCUCCGUGUUUCACGCGUGUGUUGUGUUUUGAUGUAAUGCGGUUCCUCAAACAGUACAAUAAUUACCUCUAGUAUUUUAUAUAUAAAUAUUUAUAUAAAAAAAUCAACAUGAAGCCUAAAUUCAAGCGGAAAGGAGGCGGAAAAGGGAAACAGUCCCAAGAUAAGCUGCAUAAGUUCAUGGUUUCAGUCCAGAACUUUGUCCAAAGUGCAGGAGGACAUGAAGAACUGGAGAACCAGGGACACAUGGAGAUGCUGCCGAGGAGAAAAAGUCGCAAAGAAGUGCGCAGAGAGAAGCGGAAGGUGAAGAAGAAGAAGAAAAGGAUGAAAGGGAAGCAGCCUGUAGAGGAGAAGAAGCAGGAGGACAGUGUGGAUGCUCCUGGACCCAAAAGUCCACCAAAGCCUCCUCCGGCUAUGAAGACCAACUCAGACAAGGAGGAGAAGAAACCUAGAAGGAAUGUGAGUUUUAAGGAACCGGCGGAACCUCAGGCGGAAAAGAAAUCCAAAGUGCAGGCGAUGAGGAAGAAAGCCCUGAUGGAAGCCAACGAGGUGGAGGACAGAGAGAUCAAGAAUCUCGAAAAGCGUCUCGGUCUCCAUAAGAGGAGGAACAAGAAGAGCCUUCCUCAGUCGUUCGUCAGCGAUGGUCUGGAUUAUAUUCUGGGAGUUCUGGAGCCUGGAGGGAUGGGUUUAUACGAGAGCGAUGAGGAUGAAGAGUCAGAGAAAGUGAAGAGCAGGUUGGAGAAGUUGCAGGAGGACAGUGAGGAGGAAGAUCAGGAUGAGUUGGAACAUCAGGAGUCUGGAGAUGAGGAGAUGGAUGAAGAUGGGGAAGGGGAAGAAGAUGAGGAGAUGGAUGAAGAUGAGGAGACGGAGGAAGAUGGGAAAGGGGAAGAAGAUGAGGACGAAGGCGGAAAUGACAAGAUGGAUGAGGAUGGAGAAGAUGCCUCAGAAGAAGAAGAAGAGGAGGAGGUUGAGCAAAGUGAACAGGAGGAUCAGCUCAAUUCCCGAGACAAAGCAUCUAGCGGCGAGCCGACGGGCAAAUACAUCCCACCUCAUCUCCGAGAAGCUGCCGACGGCAAACGCCGAGCCGAACUAGAGCGUCAGCGCAACCUGAAAGGCCUCGUAAACAGGUUGAGUGAGGCCAACAUGGGCUCCAUCAGUGGGCAGGUGGAGCAGAUGUACAUGAGCAACAGCAGGAAGGACAUGAACGACGUGCUGACCGAGGUCCUGAUGGCCUCCUGCGUCACGCCCGCACUGAUGCCCGACAGGCUGCUGAUGGAGCACACGUUGUUAGUCAGUGUCCUGCAUCACACAGUCGGACUGGAGGUCGGUGCUCAUUUCCUGGAGACGGUGGUCCGUCGUUUCGAUGAGACACAGCGCGACGCCUCAGAGACGGGUAAAGAGUGCUGUAAUCUGGCCUCCAUGAUGGCGCAGUACAACUUCCAGGUGGUGCACUCGCUGCUGCUGUUCGACGUGCUGAAGCGGCUGCUGUCGUCGUUCACGCCGCAGGACGUGGAGCUCAUGCUGCUGCUGCUGAGGAACGUGGGCUUUUCCCUCAGGAAGGACGACCCUCUGGGCCUGAAGGAGCUGAUAUCAGAAGCCCAGCGCAAAGCCAGCGCAGAGGGGCCACGUUUCAGCGACCAGACCAGAGUGAGGUUCAUGUUGGAGACCAUGAUGGCCCUGAAGAACAAUGACAUGAGGAAAAUUCCAGGUUACGACCCUGAGCCUGUGGAGAGACUGCGGAAACUGCAGCGCACUCUGAUCCAGAACCGUGCGAGUGGCACUGACGUGAAGCUCCGAGUUUCUUUGGAGAAUCUUCUGGAAGCGCAGAAAGUCGGGCGCUGGUGGAUCGUCGGCUCGUCCUGGAGCGGAGUGCCCAUGAUUACUGAGGACAAACCGACAGAGCAGCCUGCUAUCGGGGAACAGUUCAGCGCCAAAGUUUUGGAACUGGCCCGUAAACAGCGCAUGAACACGGACGUCAGGAGGAACAUCUUCUGCGUCAUUAUGACCAGUGAGGAUUACAUGGACGCCUUCGAGAAGCUCCUCAGAUUGGGUUUGAAAGGUCAGUCGGAGCGCGAUAUUGUCCACGUCCUACUCGACUGCUGCUUGCAGGAAAAAUCCUUCAAUGUCUUCUACGCCGUUCUAGCUGAGAAGUUCUGCAUGCAUGACCGACGCUUCCAGAUGACUUUCCAGUUUUGUCUGUGGGAUAAGUUUAAAGAGAUGGCAACCCUGUCGAGCAGUUCCUUUAUGAACCUGGUCCAGAUGGUCACGCACCUCUUAACCAAGAACUCCCUCUCGCUCUCCAUCCUCAAGGCCAUAGAGUUUGGAGAACUUGAUAAGCCCAGGGUUAAAUUUCUGAGGCAGGUCUUGUCGAAGCUUUUACAGCAAACUCAGGAGGAGGAGCUGGUACAGAUGUUCAGUCGGAUUUCUGGAAUCCCGAAUCUUGGAAUGCUACGUGAAGGACUCAAGCUCUUUAUCAGGCACUUCCUGCUUCGGAGUGCGCAGACGGAGGGAAUGCAGCUCGCAGAGAGGGCCGAGGUCGCCAUCAAGGCCUUGGAGGCGCGCGACACCAAGCUCAAACUGUAGAACAGUUGAUAGACCUUUUCUCAGAAGGUCGUCACUUCACAUCUCGGCACAACGAUGCUGCCUGUGUUGAACCCUUGAGCAUGGCCCUCAACCUUCAGGUGCAUGAAUUGAAUAAGUGUCCACCAAAUGCCAUAACAGUCAAAGAAAGAACAGUUUUUCAAACUGAUUUUGCCCAGCAGGUGUCUCCACAACCCACAUAAUGAAGAGAAUGUUUUUUUAGGACUCCCAAUACAUUUUGAGUUGAAGGGAACUGUGUAGAAAAGUGAAGAAAAUCUGGAUUGAGAACAUGGAUACUCUAUAUACAUUGAUCAUUUGUAAAAAACCCAGGCUUCGUUUUUGAGGGAAAAAACAUUGUGUUGUGUUUUAUUACCUUUUAAUUAUCGGUUAUUACUAUUUCGUUGAGUAAAUAACAAUUAAAUGGAUUAUGAAAGACAAAUAAAUGCAUAAUAACAAUUAAAUAUAA